AUGCGGGCUAGGUGGCGGGUGCUGGAUGGGUGUUGGAUGGGUGCUGACGUGUGUCCCCAUGCAGGCCCGGCGCGGGGAGCACCCAUGGAGCUGCUGGGGGGUCCGGAGCUGGCCGACCUGGUGGCGUCGCUGCCCGGGUUCCUGCUGGCCGUCACCCGCGAGGGGAAGCUGGUCGGCGUCACCGACAACGUCGCGCAGCACCUGGGGCACUCCAUGGUGGACCUGGUGGCGCAGGGCGACAGCAUCUACGACCUGCUGGAUCCGGCCGACCACCCACUGGUGCGACAUCAGCUCACCCUGCCCGGGCCCCCCCAGGCAGAGCGCCUCUUCCGCUGCCGCUUCACCACCUCGCGGGCUUCACGCCGUCCCAGCGCCGGGCGGAAGCUGGUGCUGCUGCGGGGCCGGUUCCAGGCUCCCCCCGGCCCCCCCGGAGCCUCCCCGGGGCUUUUUGUUGCCUUCUGUGCCCCCCUGGACCCCCCGCCC